GAAUCUCCCGCCAGUGCGCUCUCCUAUGUUGAAGGCGCUGAUUUCCGGUAGGUAUAAAGUUGUUACGGCGCAAGAACGCGAUGGAGACCCCACCGAAAAAGAGAUACCGCAAAAGAAAAGAUAAGGUGAAUUCAACACCAAGUGGACAACUUGAAGUAGUUGAAAGCAGCUUAGCCUGCAGUGCAGAUGCACAACUUGCAGAACAUGCAGAAGUACUUGAAACAGUAAACAAUUCACAACAUGAAAUCAAAAUGAACAAAACAGAAUCUGAAUCCCAAGCAAGUGGUGCAUUUGUUACAGAUGAAAAUUCUGAGCACAGAAACAACAACUCAGAUGAAUUGUAUGACAGUUUGAAUUGCACUUCAUCUGUGACAGAAUGUGUCAAUGUCACCAUUUCACAAAAUGUUGAAGAUGAACAGCAUCAACGUGUUGAACAGCAUGGUCAAGAUGAACCAGCAAUGGAAUGUGCUGAGUCAAAUAAUGCUUUUGAUGAACAGUUUGAUGAGAUUUUAUUUGCCUUUCAUGAAGAAGCAAAAUUGAGGGACAGUGAUUUGUUGGCAAAUGAGGAUGACUUUACUUCUACAUACACUGAAUAUGACGGAAUAGAGAUAGAACAUAUAGGACAAAUUAUUUCAGAUGAAAUUUUGCAAACUUGUUCCAAAGAAGAAGAGGAGAUAAAGAUCAAAGAUCAAAGUGAGAUCCCUUUAUUUGAAAAUUCUCGUCAUUCCGUUGGUGUAGUUGUGUUACUCAUAUGCUGUUUUGUUAUAAGAUUCCGUCUACCAGAUGAAGCAGUAUCAUACUUGCUAAAGUUUAUGGCUUGUAUUUUACCACACUGCAAUCGACUGAUGGGUAGUUUGUACCACUUUAGAAAUUUUAUCAAAAGAUUCUCUUGUGGUGCCUUACCAAACAUAAUAUUUCACUGUAAUUAUUGUUACACAGUGGUAGAAAAACACAGUAAACAAUGUCCAUCUUGCAAAAAAUCUUUGACUCAAACUGGAGCAAUGGCUUAUUUCUUACAAAUCAAAUUAGUGUCUCAAUUAACUUCUCUUUGGAAAACCCCUGAUUUUUGCAAUUCUGUUAGAAAGCAUAGAUUUCAACACUACGAACACAAUUUUAAGAGUAAAUUAAGUGACAUAUAUGAUGGAAAUUUGUACAAAAAAUUCUUUGAAAAUAAUGGAAUUCUUAGCAACAAAAACAAUUUAUCAUUUUCAUUAAACACCGACGGUGCACCUCUUUUCAAGUCAUCAAAUGUAAGUAUUUGGCCUGUGUAUAUGCUAGUCAAUGAACUCCCACUUUCUCAGCGAAAACGACGACAGAAUGCAUUGCUUUAUGGUGUUUGGAUUUCAAACAAAAAACCACAGAUGUAGUCAUUCUUCAAACCACUUUUCAGUGAAAUGCAGUAUUUGGAAUCAAGAGGACAUAACUUUAUUGACAGUGAUGGCAACAGUUUUUUAUGCAAAUGCAUUCUUUUAACAUGUACAUGUGACCUUCCUGCAAGAGCACUGGUAUAUAACUGUAAUCAGUUUAAUGGUGAAUACAGUUGUUGGUUUUGUUUACAAAAAGGAGAAACUCACAAACAUGAAACAGGAGGAAUUUCUCAUAUAUUUCCUUAUGAUGAGUCAAAUCCAAAAGGCCCUCCCCGCAGCAAAGAAACGAUCGAUAGAGAUGCACAGUCUGCUGUUGAAAAAGUCUUAAACAAUGAAUCAAAAUGUACAGUUAAUGGACACAAAGGAAAGUUCUGGUUCAUGUACUUAAAACAUUUUGAUCCUGUCAAAAGUUGUGUUAUAGACUAUAUGCAUGGUGUAUGUUUGGGUACUGUUAAACAAAUGCUUACUUUAUGGUUUGAUAAGAAAAACAAAUCAAAAGAAUUUUCAUUCUUUCAUUUAAGGAGUCAAGUAAAUGACAUGUUAAGAAAUAUAAAACCUGCUAUUUUUGUGACACGAAUACCAAGGUCAAUUGAUGAAAUAGCCCAUUGGAAAUCCUCAGAAUACAGAAAUUUUUUGCUGUAUUGGGGCAUUCCACUUCUUGAGGGGAUACUGUCUGGACCAUACUUUGUACAUUUUUGUUUGUUGGCUAGAUCCAUAUUCAUUCUUUCAAAAGAGGGAAUUAGUAAUGAGGAAUUAGAAACAGUUGAAAGAGCGCUGCUUCUUUUUGUAGAACAGUAUCAAUAUUUGUAUGGAAAACGAUAUCUAACUUUAAAUCAACAUCAGUUAGUUCAUCUUGUUGAAUGUGUGCGAGAAACAGGACCAUUGUUUGUAAAUAAUUGUUUUAUAUUUGAAGAUCUCAAUGGUUUUAUUGUUAAACAUAUUCAUGGUACGCAAGGGGUUGAUACACAAUU